AUGGGGCCCCCGGACAAUAGGGGAUCAUGGGGCCCCUGUGUCCUCACCCACACUCAAACCACACCCAAAAAAGCCUAUGAAAGGUACCAGGGACAUCUCAUGGGACCCCCUACUGACUCCGGGCCCUCGGGCAGUGCCCAAGUUUCCAAAUGGUCAGUCUGCUGCCCUGGACCGAGUGCAAGCACCUACAAUUGCCUGUUCGAAGGCAGUCAUAAUACAUAUCUUUUGACCAAGAAUUCUUUCCAGUCAUUUUUGUCAACAUGGGUGCCUCUGCUAACG